GCUGCGGGUUUCGGCUUCUCGUGGGGCCGCGAACUAGGAUGUGUUCCGCGCCCCAGCCGAGGCGGGCCGCGGGCCUCCCUUCCUCGCGGCUGCGCUCGUCCCCGCCGCGAACUCAGGAGGCUGCGGGCCUGGCGGUCCGGAGGGCUCUGGCGACCCCGCCGCCGGCCGGUGCGCUGUCGGGCCCUUGAGGAGCCUUGCCGAGCCUCAGGGCUUCCCUGGUGGCCGCCGGCCCGGUUUCCGUUGUAUUUUGCCGAGGCCAGGGUGACCUUGACUGGGUCGUUUGACCUGUGGGGCCUGGUGCUGCCCCUGGACCAGGGGUGCAGCCUCGGAGGGGACCCAGGCGAAGCAGCCGCCGACGCAGGCACCGGAGACACCGGACAUCCACUACCAUGAGUUCCGGUACGUUGCCAAAACCUCAGAUGCGUGGUCUUCUGGCCAAGCGCCUGCGGGUUCACAUUGUUGGCGCAUUCGUUAUGGCCCUGGGAGUUGCCGCUUCCUAUAAGUUUGGCGUGGCUGAGCCCAGAAAGAAGGCAUAUGCAGAUUUCUACAGGCAUUAUGACUCCAUGAAGGACUUUGAAGAGAUGAGGAGGGCUGGUAUCUUCCAGAGUGCGAAGUGACUUCAGAAUGUACAGAAUUCUUUGGAUUGCACUCGAUAGAAGUUCAUUGCUGACCUGUGUUCCUGAACUAUGAAACAUGAGUAUGUGGGCUAAGGAGUAGUUUACUUCAAUAAACAAUUAACAAUUAUAUGGACA